AUGGAUGGUUGGUCAUCUGGUAUGGUUUGUCGGAGUGGGGAGAUCAACGGGGUAGCCGGGCAGGCUCCCAGUCGGCUAAAGGCUGGUAGUCCUUGUGAGUUGUGCAAUCUCAGUGACGACAUCUACGACUAUCACUACGUGUCUCAAGGCAAGGUCACUGUUCCUUCCAUCGACGAUAGAGAAGAUAUGAUUCACACAUAUUACAGCCACAGUCAUGCAUAUGGGCAACAUAAGUUCAAGCAGAGGGGUCGCGAGGAGCAGGCUGAGCCCGACGGUACUGAGGCUGGGGAUCUUAUAGGUCCACUCCUUGGAACGCCAAGUGAAGAGCUGUACAAAAACCUCUGCAAGCCCAAGAUUAAGGUCGGUGCCGAGUUCGUCACACAAGGAAGAAAUGUCGCUCAAGUGUCCUACUCUGUUGGUGCUUUGGCAAAGGCCCUGUUCGACCGUCUCUUCAAAUGGAUCGUAAAGAAGUGCAACCAAACCCUCGAGACCGGCAUGAAGCGUGCCAUGUUCAUUGGUGUUCUCGAUAUUGCUGGCUUCGAGAUCUUUGAUGUAAGUUCUUACAUAGAAAAGUUCCGUUGUAGUAAUUCAUCAAAAGAUAUUAUAUUUUGUGAAUACAAAUGAUAUAUAUACAAAACG